AUGAGGCAGCCUUCAGGCUUUGUAGACAAGACAAGAUCAGAUCAUGUGUGUCUGUUACACAAGUCUCUGUACGGGCUUAAACAGUCACCUCGAGCUUGGUUUGAUAAGUUCAGUACAUUCUUGUUGGAGUUUGGUUUCGUUUGCAGCAUCAAAGACCCGUCUCUCUUCAUCUAUGCUAAAGGGAAGAACAUUAUCUUGCUUCUAUUAUACGUUGAUGACAUGUUAUUGACUGGAAACUGCACUGAUUUGUUACAAAAGUUGUUGGCAGAUCUCAACAAUCAGUUUAGAAUGAAGGAUCUCGGGAAGAUGCAUUACUUCUUGGAAAUACAAGCGAUAAUUCAUGAGUCUUGUCUGUUUCUAUCUCAAGAGAGAUACGCAAGGGAUUUGCUUGCUGUAGCAGGGAUGACAGAUUGCGCUCUAGUGAACACACCACUCCCUCUUCAGCUAAGCAAAGCUCCACAUCAAGAUAAGAAGUUCGAGAAUCCAUCUUACUUCAGAAGUCUCGCGGGGAACCUACAAUACCUCAUGCUUACAAGACCAGACCUACAGUUCUCUGUCAAUUACGUGUGUCAGAAGAUGCAUGAGCCAACAUUAUCAGACUUUAUGUUAUUGAAGAGGAUCUUGAGGUAUGUCAAAGGAAUGCUUACUCAUGGGAUCAACCUCUCCAAAGACACAGACUUCACGUUGAGGGCAUACAAUGAUAGUGAUUGGGCUGGAUGCCAUCACACACGAAGAUCAACAAGUGGUCUCUGUACAUAUCUAGGCUCUAAUCUCAUCUCAUGGUCGUCUAAGAAACAACCAACGGUCUCAAGGAGCUCAACCGAGGCAGAGUAUAGAGCGCUAUCUGAGACAGCAGCAGAACUGAGCUGGAUGUGUUCAAUUCUCAGAGAAAUUGGAGUACCUAUCACUGUCACACCAGAGCUCUACUGUGACAAUCUAUCAUCA